AUGGAGCUGGGGAGAGUUCAUAUGAAUCUAAAGACUCUGCUGCUGACCAUGAUGAUGUUCAAAUGGGGAAUCCUUUGCUCAGCCACAUCAGACAAAUGCUUGUCUGCACCCUGUCAGAACGGAGCUACCUGUGUGGACACCAUGAAUGACUACGCUUGCAUAUGUGCUAGAGACGGGGUCCGAUACAUGGGCAAAAACUGUGAUGAGCUCUAUGACGCCUGCUCAUUUGCUCCAUGUGAAGACUGCACCAGCAUCCCUGGCACCACAGAAUACCACUGCAUCUGUCCGGAUGGACUCAUAGGAGAUAACUGCACAGAGGAGGUGGACGAGUGUGAGAGCAACCCCUGCUCUGAGCCUCGUUCUCUGUGUGUAGACCAGCUGAAUGGAUACUACUGCAGGUGUCCGGUCGGGUACGGAGGAGAGGACUGCCAGACACACGUGACUGACUGCAUUGAUGAACCCUGCAGGAACCAGGGGACUUGUAUAUUGCAACCAGAGGGCUUUGAAUGCCAGUGUGCACCAGGGUUCGAGGGGAACACCUGUGAGGAGGAUGUGAAUGAGUGUGCAUCAAUGCCCUGUCAGAACGGAGCCAUCUGUAUGGAUGGAGUGGCAGAGUAUCACUGCUUCUGUGUGCCUGGGUUUCAGGGCUACAACUGCGAGAUUGACAUCAACGAGUGUGCGUCACGACCCUGUGAGAACAACGCCACCUGCAUCAAUGAGAAGGACAGCUACCAGUGUGAGUGCCUGGUGGGCUUCGCAGGAGUCAACUGUGAAAUUGAAGUAGACGAGUGUGAGUCGGGACCCUGCCGAAACGGAGCCACCUGCCAAGACCUCAUCGGCAUGUACGCCUGUGAAUGUCUGCCCGGGUUUGACGGCAUCGAUUGCGAAAUUGACGUUGAUGAGUGCGCCAGUGAUCCCUGUCAAAAUGAAGGUGUCUGUCAUGAUAUGGUGAACAGCUAUGAAUGUGACUGCAAUGACACAGGAUUCGAGGGUGAGCACUGUGAAGUGGACAUACCUGAGUGUGCCUCAGAUCCCUGUCAACAUGGCGCCACAUGUACAGAGGAAGUCAAAGGAUACACCUGCUUGUGCUGGCCAGGUUAUGAAGGACCAAACUGUGAAAUUGACAUCGAUGAGUGUGCCGAGCAUCCCUGUGAGAAUGACGGGGAAUGUUUUGAACGUUCGGAUCCAUCUCACUGGGAACUGGAGUGGGAGCUCAGCUUUGCAGAUGCAGCUGGAUAUAUUUGCCAGUGUCAGCCAGGGUUUGCAGGAGAGAACUGCUCUGUCAACAUUGAUGAGUGUGAAUCUGAACCGUGCCAGAAUGGAGGAGCUUGUGUGGAUCAAAUCAAUGGAUACAUCUGUACAUGCGCUGUUGGAUUUUUAGGUGACCACUGUGAAGUGAACAUUGAUGAAUGUGAGAGCCAGCCCUGUCAGAACGGUGGCUGGUGUGAAGACGGCAGAGCGUCCUACACCUGCCACUGUCCUGAUGCAGAGCCAGGUCAACUUCCUUGGGGAGGCAAUCAAUGUGAGGUGAAGCUCUAUGGCUGUGUGGACCAUGAAUGCCAGAAUGGAGCCACAUGCCACCCAUGGCUGGAGGGUGAAGAACAUGGCCACACAUGCUUGUGCCCUCAUGGCUUCUAUGAUGAGCACUGCUCGACGCGUACAACGUUCUCUUUCUCCACUCCAGGAUUCAUUCACAUUGUGGUUUCUGUAGAAGAGAGGACACGAAGGGAGGUUGAGCACAGUGUUCAUAGUGGUUACGGGGUGCAGCUACGCUUCCGGACAACCAUACCCAAUAUGUUGCUCUGCUACAGAGGUGACUUGGACAACCACCUCCUUCUGGAGAUUGUGAAUGGUGGUCUUCACGCUAAAGCCUUUUCUGAAGAGUCUGAACUGGAUGUAAUGUUUUCCGGCUUGGUGAGUGAUGGAGACUGGCGGGAUGCUCAUGUGUUUGUGGAUGAUGAAGGACUAGUUCUGAUUCUGAAAGGCCCCGGCUGUGACAGGGACGGAUGCAGAGUUAUAGAUGGUGGUGCUGAUGAACCACCUUUCCAAGCAUCUGAAGCCUUCACUCAAAUUUAUGUAGGUGGAGCACCAGAGGACCUUUUAGGGGACACUGUAAGUGGUGUGAACUUCAUUGGGUGCAUGGAAGACCUAAUGAUAGACUCUAAGCCUGUCCUUCCCCAAACAUUUCCAGAAGACCAAGGCCAUGAACUGGGAUGUAGUAAGACUGAAUGGUGUCAGCCUGAACCCUGCUUUGGACAAGGACGCUGUGUGGACCUGUGGACCAGCUACCACUGUGACUGCUAUCGUCCCUUUCAUGGUGAAAGCUGCUCUGAAGAGUUCCCUUCCUGGACAUACAGCCAUGAAGCCCAAACCAGUUUCAGUGUCUAUGAUGUUGGUAAGAGCCACGGGAGCAACUUCAACGUGUCCUUCUUCCUGAGGUCACUAAAGCCGGACGGACUGCUGUUUCAGCUUAGAAGACCCACAGAGGAAGAGGAGGGAGAGGUCUACUUCUCAGUCUACCUAGGCAUGGGGAGAGUUUUUGUCAACUCUCUGAUUAACAGUGCCCCACUCUCUGCUCCAAUAUUUGUGACCACUGGCGAGAAGCAUCUUCUACAAGUGGAAGUCCAACAUAGAACGGUGAUCUUUGAGCAUGCAGGCCUUCGCUACGGAAUAGGGGAGAUCCCUGAAGUGAAUGUGAACAGUGGGGAUCAGGCAUAUGUAGGAGGUCUUCCAGCAGGCUGGGACUCUGAUGCAUGGGGGGGGCAUUACAAAGGUUGCCUCCAGGACCUUCGUAUAGACUUAGUUCAUCUGGACGUGGACGCCUGGAACAGCUCAGAAGAGGAGGAGGUGUAUUUACCAAGUGAUGCUGAAAAUGUUACGACGGGCUGCAUCAGUGACGACACUUGCAAGGAGGAGCCUUGUCAAAACGGAGGAGAAUGCACCAUCACGUUCAACGAUUUUACGUGUUCCUGUUCAGAGGAUUACACCGGAAAGACCUGUGAAACACGUGUGUGGUGUGUUAGUGAUCCUUGUGUCAAUGGCGGCCAUUGUGUGGACCUCCCUGAUGGAUAUGAAUGUGUGUACAAUGCCACUUUUGAGAACAACCCUGUGCAGUUCAGUGCUGGAGGCUCCCUGGCUGAACCCGUCUCAACCAUAUACAUGGAGCUGCGGACCCGUUCAGAGAACGCUGUUCUCCUGAGGGCCUCCUGGGGUUCUGACCUGUUGAUGGUAGGCCUGCUGGACUCUUCGGUCCGGGUGGAGAUCCACAUCGGCAACAGUGUGGAGACACUGACCUUUACAGGAGUACGUCGAGUGGCUGAUGGGAGCUGGCACCGUGUGAACAUCUCAAUGGCUGAGAAAGAACGCAAAACCUCUCCCUGGAUCAUCACUGUGGAUGGAAUCAUGGAUGCCAGCAGCCUGCUGGAGCACACGGGGAGUCUUCACUUCCUUAAUGAGAAGGACGCCACCUUGGCCAUUGCGGAGAGCUUCACUGGUUGCUUGGGUGCAGUGAGGGUCGGAGGAGUCUACCUUCCUUUUAUGGAUGAUUAUAAGGCCCCACAACCAUCUCAGUUCCAUUUAAUUGGAAAACCAAAGAUUCAUUUGGGUUGUAGCAGCGCCCCUGUUUGUGCUUCAGGUCCUUGUCUAAAUGGAGCAACAUGUGAAGAUCUCUUUAAUAAAUUUGGCUGUUUGUGUGACUUAGGUUGGGAGGGAGAACAGUGUGAGGUAGACACUGAUGACUGUGCAUCUCACCCUUGUAGUCAUGGAAACUGUAAGGACUACUUAGCUGGUUUUGAGUGCCAGUGCCAGCCUGGGUAUGAAGGCACAAUGUGUGAUGAGGAUGUAGAUGAGUGUGAGCAUCAUGACUGUAAACAUGGAGGCACCUGUCACGAUGGACCCAACAUGUACACCUGUACAUGCCCUGAGGACUACAGUGGUCCACUGUGCCAGUGGGACUAUCCACCAAUGGAGUGCGGUAAAGACGUCCAGUGUGGAAAUGAUGGUGUUUGCAAUGAUGGGCCAUGGGGAGCUAACUGCACAUGUAUGCCAGGUUUUACAGGCAGCAGAUGUGAAAUGGAGAUCAAUGAGUGUUUAUCUAAUCCCUGUCGGAAUGGUGGUUCCUGUUUGGAUCGUUUUAACAUGUUUGUGUGUGAAUGCCCACCUGGCUACAGCGGUCCAACCUGUGACACUAAUAAGCAGUUCCAUAAACAGGCGGUUCCCUGGCUGGUGGUAGCCGUCCCUCUGCUGUGCCUCUGCGUGCUCAUCCUGACCAUUGGCUUUACUUUCAUGGUGCUAACAGCGAGGAAGAAGCGUCAGUCAGAGGGAGCGUACAGCCCCAGUUCUCAGGAGCUGGCUGGAGCUCGUCUGGAGAUGGACAGCAUGCUCAAAGUUCCACCAGAGGAAAGACUCAUCUGA